UAUAAAAAUUUGACACAGCUCAAAGUACAGUCGUCAUAUCAACACCGAUUUCUUACCACUUUUGACUAAAGACUUGUGUACAUUUAUACUACCUUUUAGCCACCAGUCGCAAUGAAGCGCGUUCAUAUAGAUAACUAUGCCCCAAAGUACUACAGCGGUAAGUGGUCGUGGGAUUCGGCGAAGGACUGCCUCCACUUCGAGGCACAUAACGAUCUGGAGAACGCCCGGGAACGGUACAUUACCACCAACGGCUACAAGUUCCUGCGCACCAUGGAUCAGGAGGAGGAGCUCAUCUUCCGGCAGGAGUAUGUGCGUCAGAAAAGCAACAACAGUGAUGUCAUAGUAAUCUCAGAUAUUAGGAACUUGGUGCUAUACCUGAUGCCCAAGGAGUUUCUAUCUUACAGAUUCGUGGAAUUCAUGCACGAGCAGGAGGUGCUAUACGUGAUCCAUGCGUUGAUCAUAUACUUUGAGUACUAUUUACGUCUGGUUGAGUUCGUCCUGAUUCGACGUGAUGAACUUGCGGGUUCGAUGGGUCAAGUUCAGAGUGAGGAGACUAAUGAGAUGAAGCGAACUCUGUCCGUUUAUCUAAGCCAGUAUCGUAUGCUCGUGGCUAGGAAUUACUGCCUCAUCAUCGGGGGCGAGGGCAAUAUGGCCAAGUUCUAUCACAUGAAGCCCAUUUCCAACAUUUCAGCCACAAUCCACGACAAGUACUUCCAUGAACAGUUUUUGGCCGUGGCCAUCCAAAUAGUCUGGAUAUGCAUGCAUCGCAGGGCGUACUAUGUCAUUGAAAUGGAGAUGAAUCGACUUUUCCGAUCGGAAUACUUUGUUUCCGCAAGGCCUGAAUACCUCACCUUCACGGAGGCAGAGCGCAGUCUUCUCUAUGGGAGAAACAAGAAGAAUCGGAACUACCGAAUCCAGGAAUCUCCACUGAUCCAGGAGCUGAAACUCGUUCCGGAGGAGGAUCUACCCAUCUUGUGGAUAGGGGAGCGGAAGUACAGGGGUUCCGAUCUGCGCAUCGCUACGAUGGAACUGGAGUAUAUUGUCCCAGGAUCGCAACUCUGCCUGAUUGACAUAUCCCAUGGUAUCCUUGGACAUCCUAAGGAGCUCUACAACACUCUUCUGAGCCUCGAUUGGCCGGCUGUUCGUUUCUCUAAUUUUUCGGAACAGUACGAUCCAUACCAUAUUAUCAGGCGACCUCACCUGGAUAUCCCCAAGAUCGGUGAGCUGCAGUUGCGGAAGAUGAGCGAGACUUAUGAGUCCUUCUAUGUGCUCAGUGGAUUUUUCGAACCAUACACCCACCAUGAAAUUUGCAAGUGGGUCAAACGAGAAAUUAAUAUUAUGUUCUAUCGGUCUGGAGGUCUGCUCACGAAUGUAGUUUCGCGAUGUGAAAAGGAACUGGCAAGCACCUCUUCGGGACCAAGAGUCGAUCUGAUCAUCGCUAAUUACUUUAAGAUGAUGUCCAAAAUACGCAAGGACGACAGAGACAAAGAGGAUAGUUUAAUCCACCAAAGUGUUGCAUCGCGCUUUAGUUUACGUAAGUCGCAUAGCAAAUAUUUAUAACGUUAAGGGUUACCCAAUCCUUUCUUUUAAGUUUAUAAAAAAUUAAAAUGUUUUUCCAAAUCUCAAAAAUAUGUUCCAAUAUGGUAUCAAUUUAAGUUCCUCAUAUUUUCAAACAGGAAAUGUUUAUAUUUAA